ACUACAGCUCUGAAGACAGUUCUGAUGCUGAUGAAAAGUCCAUUGACUCCAUGGAAAAUGGACUGUCUAACUUGGCCAUGUCUCCUGUGGAAAUAGUACCUGUAGGACAAGUCACUCAGCAAAGAAGAAAUGAAAAAGCAGGUUACCUGUUUAAACAGGGAGGAUUGAAGGGUAAUAAAGGUUGGAGAAAGCGCUGGGUCCUUUUCACAGGAAAUGAUCUGCGUUACUAUGACAGCCGAAAGUCUCAAGUUUCAAAAAGAAUUGUUCCAUUGUCUUACAUGGAGAAAGUGGAAACACUUGUCAAGGAUAGUGACAAGGACAAAUUCAAGUUCAACCUCCAUACCACCAACCGGGUGUUCCAGUUCGCUGCUGAUUCUUUACAGGAAUGUACACUGUGGUGCAGUACUCUGAUGGAGAGUAUACUCAAGUACAAGGCACCACCUGGUGGGGAGCCAGUGGGACUGGAUAUGAAUGAGCCAGAUAAACAGGGUUAUAUUAAAUUUGAGAGACGGAACAAUAAGUAUUAUGUGGCAGUAAAACAAGGAAAGAUGUGUUAUUACCACUCAGAACAGGAUUUUAAACAAGGAUCUCCUAUAAAUGAAAUAGACAUGAAGUUAGCAGCUGUUAAAGAGGUCGGCAAAGGAAAGCUACAGUUAUCUACGCAUUACGCACAUUUUCUAUUGAUGCCAGAGAGUUACAGUGAAUGUGUGCUCUGGAAAAUGGCAUUUGAAGAGGCAAUAGCUGAUGGUCUUGGUGAUAAUACGAUUCUUGAUCAAGUGAUGGAGAACCCCAGUAAUAGAGUCUGUGCUGACUGCUCCGCCGAAGAUCCUCAUUGGGCCUCCAUUAAUAUGGGUAUUGUGUUGUGUAAAAAAUGUGCUGGGAUUCAUCGGAAUUUUGAGCAUUCCCUAUCUCGUGUGAAAUCUCUCCGUAUGGAUACCAAAAUAUGGACGCCAAGUCUUAUUGAGCUGAUGAAGGCCAUUGGAAACAAAAAUGCCAAUGAGUUUUGGGAGAAAAAUCUACCACAAGACACGAGGAUAAACUCGGACACAUCAGCCCCCCAUAGAAAGGCGCAUAUAGAAAACAAAUACAAAGCCAAGCUUUACUGUGAUAAAAUUUCCAUAUCAGACAACCAAAAAGCACUCAAUGAGAUGUUAUUAGCUUUGAGUGAAAAUGAAAAUUUACUGGAGACAAUGAAAGUUCUCUUCUCAGGUGCCAAUAUUUAUUACACAAAUAGUGAAGGUGAAACUGCAUACAAGAUAGCCAAACGUUUUGGACAAAGACUCACCAUGGAAUUUCUUUAUCAAAAUGGAGGAGAUCGUACCUCCAACACAUACAGUGAUAAUGAUGAG